CAGGAGUUUAAAAAUGUUGAUUUAAAAAACUUUAUUAUCCAUCUAUCCAUUUUUCUAAAUUAGUUUUUUCCCUUUUCGGGGUCACAGGACUGAAAUUCUUUUGGUUUAUCUGUGAUCAGAAAUGAUUCGUUGUAAGUGGUUAUGAGUGUGUGGCUACAGCAAUAAAGCAAGUCUAAGAAAUGUAGGAAAUGUAUUAUUUUACACUUUUUUCAUUCAAAUACAGCUUUUUUAGGAUGUUCAGCUAUUUCAAAAUAUCCACAGGGUGUGUAAUGAUUUGAAAUUCUGUUUGUUAUAAUUUGUAGAAUUAUCUUGAGCCAACUGAGAGUCUCAAUGAAUAAGAAGGCUGUCAUUUUUCUGUGUAUACACACAGACACUCACACACUCCACAGCCCGCCUACUUCCUCAAAUGUCUCACACUUGUGCUUCUCUUUCAUUCUCAUCUGGUAGGCAAAUUCCUAACAUCCCUUCAAGGUUACUCUUACAUUGUUCACUUCAGCUGAGGAGGCAGACACCUGAUUUUCGUGUGCACAGGAAACUACGUUAACCCUUCCUCGUCUCGCCGAAACCGCUUUGGCUUUAAAAUAAAAAGAGGUUUUGCUGGUGCAGUUGCUCGGAAGUGAAGCUGCAUGCAGCGAUUGCGACAAACUCGGGAGCAAUGUCAUCUCUGCUUUCUCAGAAAAAAGAUCAGCCGUGCCUCAAAAAGGAGUUUUAUGAUUCUAGUUCGACUUCAUCUACUGCCAACACCAGGAGUCAGAGGCACGAACGACUAUCCAGAUUGGGCCUGACCAAGACUGAAGUCCCAAACGACUCAUCAACAAAUCAUGCCGAGUCAUACUUCCUUCAGAGACAGAGGAGACUUUCUGCAAGAAAAAAGGCCGAGGAGGAGAGCAUGAACAGCGAGUACAAAAAGAUGUACGAAAAGGCUGUGGUAACCAAUGAAAGACUCAAGUCCCGGCUGGAAACCAGUAAGCAGGACCUUGCAGUGAUUCAGGAGCAGCUGCAGACAGCACAGAAGCAGAGGACUUGUGACUCGAGCUCAAAAAUGCUCGAAGCAGAAAAAAAGGAAAGUUGGAGGCUUAAAAAGAGGAUAGCAGAUAUGGAAGAACAGUUAAAGACCAAAACAGAGCUGAUGAUGGAGAACCAGAAACUCAAUGAUGAGAAUGGAGCUUUAAUCCGCGUCAUCACAAAACUUUCCAAAUGAAAUUAAAAAAACGCCAGUGGAAACCAACACACAAACAUAACCUUAUGGAAAUCCUAUGAACAUUUAAAACUUCAGAUCAACUAUCAAACAGCAGCUGUUUUUUUUUCCUUAUAUGUAAAAUUGGUUAUGGUGAUUAUGUUUAGUGAAGUGGGAAAAUCCAUUGCUUCAAAGUCUGAUUGCUCAUUAGCUCAGCUGGUUGAGUGAAGGAGUGUCUGUGCAGAGUCUGUCAAAUGUGUUUUUUUGCAAAAACAUCAGUUUCUAGUCCAUAAUACCUGAAAUAAUAGUUUGAACUAUAUCAACUAACCUAUUUUUAUGCAUUUAAAUUGUAUUACUUGUAUAUAUAGAUUCACAACACAAGUAUAAACUGUAUAUUGUUAGUUUGUUUGCGAUUUGUUCACUUUGGUAAAUGCACUCUUCAUCCAUAGGGGGAACAUUCCACUGCCAAAUUUAAGAAGAACAACUACAUGAAUGUAACAUCAAAACUAUUUAAAGGAAGAAAUACUGAAUUACUUGUAAUAACUUAGGAAUAUGACAGUAAUAUAUAGUUUGUGAUAGUGUUUUAGUGGACUCAUUUGAUCAUUGUUUUUUUGUUUGUUUUUUUUAUAAAUAAAUAAAGUAAUUUCACUAUACCAAGUCUUUAGUAUGUUACUGUUUAUACAUCUAUAAAAAUAUACAUAAGUAUAUAUGUAUGUUAACGCUAAUAUUGAUUUCUGCUAACAAGCCAGCGGAAGUAUCAUCACAGGAGCAUCACCAAGGAAACUGUAUUCUGAGUUGAUCCACAUGAAGACUAUGAUACCAUACUUACAAGCAGAAGAUGGAUGUUCUACAUAUCUCAAAAAGUAUAAAAAAAUCAGUUUGGAGUAUUAUUUAUUUGAUUAUUUCUGAAAAAAACAACAG